GGCAGGCGCGCGCACCGGCGGUGCUCACAGGUGGGCGACUCCGCCCGGCACGCCCGAGCCCGCCGUGCGGGGUCGCAGGCUCAGCCGCGCCCAGGGGAGUCGGUCCUCCUCCGGGUCCCCGCCUCUGUCCGGAGGGCAGGCGUUGGCGUUAAUGAGAAGCAAAGAUGUGUUUACAGGAUGUGAGUUGAGUUCUUGCCACCUUUACCUUCCGAGAGCUUCUUAUGCCUCUUGGUGACAGGUACAAAUCCGUACACUAAAGGGCAAUAUGAAGCCAGUCAAAAAAAAGAAAACCGAAGAACCUGAAUUGGAGCCCUUGUGCUGUUGCGAAUACAUAGAUCGAAAUGGGGAAAAGAACCACGUGGCUGCCUGUUUGUGUGAUUGUCAAGACCUCGAUGAAGGCUGUGACAGAUGGCUUACCUGUCAAUCACUUCGGCCGGAGACUUGCGAAAGAAUCACGGAUACAAUUUCUGAUCGCCUCCGAAUUCCUUGGCUCAGAGGAGCCAAAAAGGUCAAUAUUAGCAUCGUCCCUCCACUUGUGCUUUUGCCAGUUUUCCUUCACGUGGCUUCCUGGCACUUCCUGCUGGGGGUGGUGGUUCUGACCUCCCUUCCCAUGCUGGCACUCUGGUAUUACUACCUCACUCACAGAAGGAAAGAACAGACGCUGUUUUUCCUGAGCCUCGGGCUGUUCUCACUGGGCUACAUGUACUAUGUGUUCCUGCGGGAAGUGGUUCCCCAAGGGCGAGUGGGGCCCACUCAGCUGGCCCUCCUCACCUGCGGGUUAUUUCUGAUACUCAUAGCCUUGUACCGAGCCAAGAAGAAUCCAGGCUACCUCAGCAACCCAGCAUGCAAUGACAAAUCCCCAAGCAACAGCCAAAUUGAAUGCCCGGUCAAAAAAGGGCAGGAGAAGACCAAAGGGUUCCCCAGCACAGAUGCCUCGGGGAGCCUCAACAACCGCACACUGAAGGACGAUGUUAGGGGUUCCUCCAGGGUGGGGCUUGACAGCCCUGCCAAAGUGAAGGAAGACUGGUGUGCCAAGUGCCAGCUAGUACGACCCGCCCGGGCAUGGCAUUGCCGGAUAUGCGGUAUCUGUGUACGGAGAAUGGACCAUCAUUGCGUCUGGAUAAAUAGCUGCGUCGGAGAAUCAAACCAUCAAGCAUUUAUACUUGCCCUUUCCAUCUUCUUGCUCACUUCGGUUUACGGAAUAUCGCUGACCUUGAACACCAUUUGUAGGGAUAGAAGCCUCUUCACAGCCCUCUUCUACUGUCCUGGAGUUUACGCUAAUUACAGCUCAGCCCUGUCCUUCACCUGUGUGUGGUACUCUGUGAUCAUCACAGCCGGCAUGGCCUACAUCUUCCUCAUCCAGCUGAUAAACAUCAGCUACAAUGUAACCGAGAGGGAAGUGCAGCAGGCCCUUCGCCAGAAGACCGGGCGCCGGCUCCUCUGCGGGCUCAUCGUGGACACAGGCCAGUACAACAGGGGCUUCCUGCGCAACUGGCUCCAGUUCUCCACCCUAGGCACACACACAGUCCACACCCCUGCCGAAGACAUCGUCUGAAGUGCCUUCCGCGCAGCUCUGCGGGACAUUCCUGUCCUUUCCAUUUCACAUGUCAGUGUCCAUGCAGGAUUCAUUUCCACCGCCCACUUCUCAGAGGGACUGGAGGGCUAUACUCAGGUUUGGAGAGAGGACUGGAGAAAGGGCCAUUUUUCUUCUGCCUUUAUAACUUACGGGAGUUUAGUCUUGAAGCUGCGAGACAGAGCCAUUCCUUCCUGUCACCUUGCUGACUCAGGCACCAGAUGCUGCACAGAGGCUGUGGAUCACUCAAACCAUUCAUAUAAGGAAGGAUGUUAGCCAGAACUCGGGGCAUUCCUUGCCCUCCUUUCAAUUCUUAAUAGCCAUAUGACCCCUUGGUAGAGUCACUUUUCCCGAGUCUCAGGUUCAUCUGUAUGGGGGCUUCUGCUGCCUGGCUACCUCACGGAGCAGCCAUGAUGGCCACCUGAGGAGGGAUGUGGAAACAUUCCAGCCCAGUCAAGCACUCAGAGGAAUCAGGCAUCAGGAAAUCCCUGGGACCGAAGCAGACCACCUUUUGGUCAGAACAUUGACACCGAUACUAUUAAGACAAUCAGUUUGUACAGUGACGGAAAUUCUCCGUGUUAGACUUUGUUCUCACAGGUUAGCAAUGACAAGAGGGUCAAGAAAGGUCAUCUUGUCUUGAGAAGGACAGCGGAUGAAGAUGAUGAUUAUGUGCGCAGUGUGGAAUGGGAAGAAAUUUAUUUAUUUGUUAAUAUAUCAUCUUAUAGUUAUAAUCCUAACAAGUUUUUCCCUCCUUCCAUGUUUUACCUGAAUGAGGCGCUAGCACACUGGUAGUGGUGGCUGGAAGGUGAGGAGACUGUCCUCUGAGAACACUGCCCCUCUUCUGUGGCUGUGGAGGCUGCUUACUAUCAAGGGCUUGAUUUUUUUAUUAUUGUUCGUGUAUUUCCAGUGCUGUAGGUUUACGGCACUGAAUGGGAACAUCAGCCUGCCAUGAACUCUCUACGGGGUGACUGACACCUUCCCAGGUCCACACUACCCAUUAACCUCCCUAGGAACGCGCAUCUCACUAGGAGAGAAGAGCACGGCACAUGCGCUCCCCAGCACGGAACAGAGCAUUGCUUUCCAGCUCUUCCCCAGGACUAAGAUGAUUCCUUUGUGUCUCAGAACUGAAACUUGGAGAAGUCUGCAGAUUGGGCCCUCUUUCUGCCAUAGAAACAGGAGGAAAACUCCAUCUUGAAAGCAUUUGUCUUUUACACGUGUACUGUUUCGGGAUCCCAAAGAUAAUCUGUGAGACCUUUUUUUUUUAAAUUUAUAUUAGGUAUUUUCCUCGUUUACAUUUUCAAUGCUAUCCCAAAA